CCAACAAUGUUGCUUGCAGCAGUUUUCCUGUUCAUGGCAUCAGCGGUUUCUACAGAAACAGUCACAACCUGUUCUCACGCUGAUAGUCCCCAUCAUCUGGAAUGUGAGAAUGGAGUGAUCAAUGUGAAGUCCGUUUUUUUUGGACGUAACGACAGAGUCACCUGCAGUGAAGGCAUCCAUCCACAACACUUAAGCAACACAGAGUGCUCUCAGAUCGGAACUGGGAAUUUUGUGAAAGACAGGUGCAACGGUAGGAAGGCGUGUGAGAUUAGCAUAAAUGACAUUUAUCAUCCUGAUCCCUGCUAUGGAAUUCACAAAUAUCUACAAACCAACUUCACCUGUGUUCCUGCAGUUCACCUCAUUGCAUGUGAGCACUCUUAUGCACAUUUGACCUGCGGUCAAGGGGAGGUUAUAUUUGUCUUGGGUGCCAACUAUGGCCGUCAAGAUACGACCGUCUGCUAUGCCAGCCGACCUCCCAACCAGGUUCAAAAUGUCUACUGCUCCAACCCCACCCAGAUAGUCGCUCAGAGGUGUAGUUGGGAAAGAAACUGCACCAUCUAUUCAAGCAACUUCAUAUUUGGAGACCCCUGUCCUGGGACAUUCAAGUAUCUGGAGCUGUCUUAUGUUUGUCUCAAUCCUCAUUCUGAGUAAUGCUGGUCCUCUUCUAUCCCUACAAGUGACAAUCAUUUAUUUAGCUGAACUUUUAUACCAUAUUUGUGAAGUACAAUGCUAAUAUAAUGGGAUGAGUUGGAUACACCAAAAAAUCUUUGUUUUUCUUGCUUAAAUUUGGGGGAGGUUUCACUUAGUUGAUUUGUUCAUUUAAAAUGUUUUUCUUUCCUUUUUGCAAAGAUAUUGCAGUAAGAAAAAGUUGGAAAAUGAUGGCUUAAUUAUUCAUACAUCAAUUUUGGUCCUCUAAACACAUUGGAAUCGUGUUUUCUGUCAUAAAAAAGGUUUAUAAAUGAAAGUUUGACACUAGACAAAAGCUCAAAAUUUUUCUAACAAUUUUAUACGUAGUGGGUUUCAAUACAUUUUUUUAUAAUGUAAUACAAAUAAAAAAUACAAUGAAAAUGUCAGAGGACCAACACAAAUGUUGGUUCCUUGAAUACCUUAUUUGCAAACUGUGUGACAGCAGGACAAUCAAAACUCUUUGCUGCUUCAAAACCUCAUUGGAACUUGAAUCAGACGAUCCAUUUCAUGACUUUAUGA